CCGCCGCCGCCGCUGUGCCCGCCCCACCGGGCAUGCUCAGAGCCCGGGCGGGCUCCGACUGGCGGCAGGCAGAGGCCGGCGCGCGGCGCGGGGCCCGGGAGCCCCGGUCCCUUUAAAUCCGGCCGGCCGGUUGCUAGGCAACGGCGCGGCCCGCGCUGGCGCUGCACUGCAGAGGCUCUGCCCCGCGCCGGCCAGGCCGGGUCGCGGUGGCCAGCGCCGAGCCCAGGGCUGCCGCCCGCCGGUGGUGGCAGGCUUCGGGGAAGAGGGGCCAGGGCCCGCUGGACCCCACCCACGUCUCCAGUUCAAACUGGAGAAGGAGAACAACGGCAUCCAAUAGAAGACCUUGGACGUUGGAGAGUGAAUUGGAGGACGUACCUGGAGAAAUGGACGCUAGAAGAAAACACUGGAAGGAGAAUAUGUUUGCUCCUUUCUUUAGUGCACAGGAUGUUCUAGAUGAGGCUUCUCAACCUGAAUCUUCUUCUGAACAAAUGACUUUAGAUAAGGCCAGUAGAAUAGAAGGAAUUUAUAAUUUGUCUAGUAGAAAGUUUCAAGAAGAAAAUAAAUUUAAGAGGAAAGAAUUUAUUUCUCAACUAAAUGAAAAAGAACAAGAACCAAAGUUAAGAGAGAGAAAGAUAAACAUUUCAAAAAACGAAGCAGACACAAAUUCUGUCUCCUGUGACUCAUCUAAUUUGGAUGUGGUGACCGAAGAAAGCUUUAACAGCACAGAAGACCAUUCUACCUGGAGUACAAAGGAAUUACCAAUCCUACCACGAUCAGACAUAAAGAAGAAAUUUACCGACGGAAUGUCUCCAAAACUUCGCCUGAAUCUUUUGAAUGAAGAACUGGAAGAACUUAACAUGAAAUGCAGGAAAAUAGAAGAGGAAUUUGAAAAUGCUGAAAAAGAACUUUUGAACUCCAAAAAAGAAGUCUCCGCAAAACCCCUCAAGUUUCAGGAAACAGGGGCAGAAACUUCGAAGAAAGACUGGGAGCUUCAAGCUUUAAGAAAUGACCUAUCCGAGAAAGCGACAAACGUCCAGAACCUAACCGAAGAGCUCCAGCAAGCCAAAGAACUCAUCCACAGGCUGAGCCUAGAGAACCGAGAUUUAAAAGAGGCUGUUAGGAAACUCAAGCGUCAGACAGAGAUUGGAAACGCACUCCUGAAGGAAGAGAUGAAACUGUAUUAUGAGCUAGAGAUGGAAAAGGUCCGCGGGGAGCUGGACGCCAUCAAGAACGAGCUGAGAGCCGAGAAGACCCUGCAAGCAAGAAAUAACAGGGCCCUGGAGUUGCUUAGGAAACACUUUGCUUCUGUGACGUCAUCAAGCACCCUGGACAGCUUGACGGAGGAUUUUUUUUAAAACUCAAAAAGAUUUAAAAAAAAAAGGCCUUUCAUGAGGCAAAUCAUGGAGCCAAAUCAGUGUUUCUCAUGCUUUCUUUGUGUGCUACUUAAAAUGUGGGCGAUGGGAGGAAGUAGGUGUUCAUUUGGGUGGAAUCAGGCUAUCCAUAAAAGUAUGUAAGUAUUUAACUUCAAAGCUUCUGUUUUCUCCUUCUCGGGACGGUAUCACGAGAGUCCAAAUGGAAAUGAAGCUUCAGAAAUCUCUUCUUUAUAUGUAUCUAUUUCACUCAAAAACAUGUAGUGAUUCACCAAAUCAUUUACGAAUACAAAUCAACAGCCAUUUUGUGAUCUUGUGAGCAAUAUGUCCUUGGCACAUGAAUAUUCUUCCAUCUGUGUUCGUUGAUGUUAACAAUAAAAAUCUUGUUUGUGUGUAUAAGCAUAACAU